AGAGUUGUGCGUUGCGGCGCUGGAGGGUGGGUUUCUUCUUCCUCCUAUCCACCCCUUCCCCGCGCGGCGCGGUGGUGCGGUCCCGGGUCAGGUCUGAGGCGUGGCGGCGUGAAGCGCUGUCAGAGCCGCGCUGCGAGGUUCAGCCCAGUGCCGGUACCGGGAGCUGCCACACCGCCAUCGCCGCCGCCAUGGAGCCCCAUCGCUGGCUGCCCCUCGAGGCCAAUCCCGACGUCACGAAUCAGUUUCUCAAACAGUUAGGUAUACAUCCUGACUGGCAAUUUGUAGAUGUUUAUGGUAUGGAACCAGAACUGCUUAGUAUGGUGCCAAGACCUGUCUGCGCAGUGCUACUUCUCUUUCCAAUAACAGAAAAGUAUGAAACCUUCAGAACAGAAGAAGAAGAGAGAAUAAAAGCUAAGGGGCAAGAUGUCAAAUCAUCAGUGUAUUUCAUGAAGCAGACCAUUAACAAUGCUUGUGGAACAAUUGGGCUAAUUCAUGCUAUUGCAAACAAUAGAGAUAAAAUGAAUUUUGAAACCAAUUCUUCACUGAAAAAGUUCCUAGAAGAUUCAUUAUCUAUGACUCCUGAAGAGAGGGCCAAAUAUCUAGAAACUUACGAAGCUAUUCGUGUCACUCAUGAAUCCAGUGCCCAUGAAGGUCAGACUGAGGCACCAAGUAUAGAUGAAAAAGUAGAUCUUCAUUUUAUUGCAUUAGUUAACGUAGGUGGUCAUCUCUAUGAGUUGGAUGGGCGCAAGCCAUUUCCAAUAAACCAUGGGGAAACUAGCGACGAUUCUUUUUUAGAGGAUGCAAUAGAAGUUUGCAAGAAAUUCAUGGAACGUGACCCUGAAGAAUUAAGAUUUAAUGCAAUUGCGCUGUCUGCAGCUUAAAAGCCUUUUCCAGUGGGGCUAAUGCAAUGCAUUGUAACAAUAAAACCGUUGCCAUAUGUUAAUAGUACAAAUUUUGAUACUUCCCUAACAUGUUGAUUAAUUGUAGCAUACAUGGAAUAAACUUUGCAUUUGUCCUUGCUAUUUCUUGCUGCUUGUUCCUAAAGCAACUUUGGGUAUUCAUAUACACGCAUGCAUUUUGUGCAAGACUUCUGUGUGGUGGGUUUUUCCCCCUUCCACCCUCUUAAAAUUUUGGGAAUUACCGUCUGUGAUAUUUCAUCAUAAUAAUGAUGAGCUAGUUCAGAGCAGGAUUAUCUUUUGUAUCAUUCACAGAUAACAUUCGGAGUGGAGUAUGUGGUAUGUUAAUGGGUAAAAACUUGAAAUGUGAGGUUAUCUCGAUCUUUUAAUUAUAAUGAUAAAAGAAUAUUAUAAAAAACUUUUACAGGUGACUCAAAGGCAUUUUUUUUCAGUGCAUUAUUUAUAAAUAAAUAUAUGGAAGAAAAAAGGCAGAAAAAGGACUGUUUCUUCUUACUGUUGGUGAGCACUGACAUAAUUUUAAAAUUAUCUUAAUCUACAUUUUGAAUAAAACUUAAUUUUGUUUCUCAAGCCUGAUGAUGUUAAUAAACUGUCAAAAAGCUUUAGUUAAACCAGUGUUUGCUGUUUGUAUAUAUGGAAAACCAAUAUGAAUGUUUUGUCCCAGAAAAGCCACACUAGUAAUUUAUGCUAGUUCAAAUGGUAGGACUGGGAAGGGCACACCCAGGUGAAUACAGCAAUGUAUUUAUCUCACCUAGCUGAAAUAAAGGAUAGAAAAAUAAGGAUUGUUCUAGUGAAGUUUGCUGUAACAAGAACAGAAACAGGUUAUAGAUUUUAAGAUAGAUAGCCAUGAUGGUCAUAUGCUUUUUUUCCCUUUAGGAAUGUCUAUUGUAAGUUUGUCAGUUGGCAUUACUGAAUGCUAUGUGAUACCCUUCCCCUGUGCCAUCCCUCCCACCCCACCCACUGGAUCUUAAGGUACUGUUGACCGAUUUCUACACUUGAAUUAGUAACAGCUUUGUUGGGGUUUGGUUUGGUUUUGGUUUGGUUUUGGCUAAGCAAUCUUAUGCUGUAGCAUUCUUGCAAAGGUUGGUUUUGGUUAAUGUGCAUGUUUUUUACAUUCCAAGAAAAAAGAAUAAAUCCUUAUUUGUUGCUUUGAAGUGAAAUAAUUCAGGUUUGCUUCCACUGAAGACUGCUGCCAAAGGAAACUGAACCCUCCAUGUCCCAGAGGGUGCUUUCGUUCUCUACCAAUUGUCAUUGCAGGAAAAACGAAUGGGGUUAUGCCAGAGCAAUCUGGCAGAGUUUUCCUUCUUUAUAGAAAAGAGGCCUGGGAGUCUGUCUUAUCACUUAAGAACAUCUUUUGCGCUCUAAAGAAAAAGUCGGAGUGUCUGUCUAAAACAUGUCACUUGGAGAGUCCACGAACAACAAGAGUCUGUUUCCUAUACGUGAGCUGGUUGGGAAAGCGAGGGGGAAGAACACCACUAACAAGCUUCUAUUUUUGAGCAUUUUUUCACCCCAAUAAAAUGCAGUAUCUUUAAGACAUG